AUGUUGCUUUACCCUCAGUUUAUUAAUACAAAAGCCAUGGCAAGAGUGGCAGUAACGCAGGGCUUAGAUUAAAAUUAUUACUCAGAAUUGUAAAUUAGCAAUCUCUUCCGCGGGAGAAUGCAGAACCACCCUUUAACUCCCAACCGAUGAUGUCCUAGCCAUCUUAUCAAUAAGCAUUUUAGAGGAAUCCUCCAAAGAGUAAGAAACAUAAACUGGUCGCAUAAGCGGUCAAAUCCACAUGCCGUUUCUAUCCUUGACCAACUGAAUUACCCUGAGCUGUAAUCUAUAUUUGCAUUUUUCGCAAGGUGCACAAGGAGAACUGAAUCACCUAUAGCAAAAAAAUAUGGUGAAUCAGUAGCUCCCAGAGAAAACAAAUUCCGUACGUAGCCAUUUAUUAUUUCAUGGCGGUAACUAAAGGCAGAUUUGCAGUGAGUAGUCUUUGUGAUGACGGAAAUGCUGACAACUCUCGUGACAGCCGAGAUAUCCCUUUAGUUUAUCGAUCCAUUAACCUCGCAAGUCUGCACCAUGCUCAAAGUGAAGACUCUACAGUAACUCUUCAGAGUUCUCCUAACAGCUCGCCUUCAUUUAAGCCACAGGUUCGACGAUACCAUCGAACUUCUACUUGGAAUAAACCUACCCAGCCAUUGAGAAAUAAACAAGUUCAAAAUGACCCCUCUGUUUUUGAUUUGGCUCACUGUGCAUCACAGCUAAACAAUAACGUAUCAACUAUUUAGAUCACUGAUAUGUUAGAAACCCAUAAGCGCAUGAUGAUGACUAUUUUAUCUGAUGGAGACGAAACUCCACCUGCGUUUGAUAUCCAAAAGCAAUUGGAAACUUUAGCUAGGCAAAAUUCAGAAUUGAUGUCUGAAAACCGAGAACUUAGAAAGCUGAUGAAACGAGUCGACUAG